AUGUCUGGCCGACCCUCUGGAUCGAGCCACGGCUCUCCAGCUAGGUCUCGAUCUGGCUCUCAAUCCGGUUCUCGGUCGGGGUCACCUAGCCGACAAUCCGGCCAGCCCACUGGAUUCAAGGAGGGCACUGGAAAGGACCCCGCAAAGGAUCGACCUAAGCUCACUCCGGCUCAGGUCAUCGGUAAACGUGUUGACCUACCAGCCGAUGCGUACAAGUCGGAGAAGAGUGAGACCCGUUUUACAGCUCGCCCUGGUUACAACACCGAGGGGAGACCUAUCAAGGUCCAGCUUAACCUCUUCGCCGUUCUAGGCUGGCAAGAUCUCGAGAUUUAUCAAUACGAUGUCUCGGUUUCGCCGAACCUUAAAGAGUCUGCCCCUCUUAUGAAGAAGGUCUGGCACUCAAAGACGGCGCAAAAGGAACUCGCGAAGCUUGGUGGUAAGUGGCUUUACGAUGGUCACAAGCUGGCAUGGUCUUCCCAGAAGGUUGAACGAGGCGAGCUCAGGGUCACUGUGGAUCUUGACUCUCCGGCCGAAAAGCCUCAGGAGCAGCCAAACCCGAACAAGAAGAAGGCAAACAGCCCGUACUACCUCAGUGUUCGACAGACCAAGGCGAUACGCCUAUCGUAUCUCAGGGCCUACCUUCUGGGAAAAAUUAGCUGGGAUGAGCACGUGUUGGAGUGCAUGAACUUCUUCGACCAUUGUCUCCGCCAAUUCCCGUCGGAGAAAUGGGUUACGAUCAAGAGGAACUUUUACGACCCUAGAUUCCCAGUUGGUAAACUCUCCAACGAUCUCGUCGUGAACCAGGGUAUCUACUGUGCCCCGCGUCUCAGUGAGUCGAUCAAAAAGGGUGGUACCGGCUUAGCCGUCAACGUCGACCGAUGCCAGACAGCAUUUUGGCCAGUUGAUAGCCUAGACCAGCUUGCCUUUCGCCUCGUCAAUGGCCACAAUGAGGAUUGGUCAAGAUGGGACGAUAACAAAAUCUGCCACGAGAUGCAUCAUAGACUCACGAUGGAUAAAGGAGGGAACCCAAAACUCGUCCCGUCUGAAGCAUUCGCGCUACUUCGUCGCUUCGUAAAGAUGAAGUUUACUGUGAAGCACAGAGGCAAGAUGGCCGAUCCCAAAAAGUAUACCGUCAAGGCCAUCGUGUUCGACAAGGAUCAUGGGGAAGCUGGCUCCAAUGCUUUCAACGUGAGCUUCGACCUGAAACAACCGAACGGUCCGAGCAAAAAGAUUACUAUCUGGGAUUAUUACCAGGAGAAAUAUGGAAUUCGUCUCCAAUUCCCUAAGCUUCCAAUCAUCGAGACCAGCAAGGGACAACUGUUCCCGAUGGAAUUAUGCAACAGCGAUGAGCACCAGAGGUACUCGUUUAAGCUAAACCCCCGUCAGACCUCUGACAUGAUUAAACAAGCUGCUACUCGCCCCCAUAAACGCAAAGCAGAUAUUGUUGAAGGCGUCACCCAUUUGAAGUGGAGCCAAGAUCCUUACCUAAAGGCGUUUGGGAUCAACAUCAGUCCCGACAUGACAAUAACGGAUGCCAGGUUACUUCGAAGUCCUGAUAUCAUGUUCGGCAAUGUGAAGGAGAACCCUGGUACGAAUGGAAGAUGGGAUCUCCGUGGAAAGACUUUCAUAGAAAAGAACGCCAAUGAAUUGAAGUCUUGGGGUUUCAUCUCUUGCGGCGAUUCGACUUGCAAGCAAGGGGAAUUGGAGUUCUUUGCGAGGCAAUUUUCAGACAUCUAUCGAAAACAUGGCGGUAAUAUUAAAGAGCCUGCAUUCUGCAAGGUCCUCGGUUGGAUGGACGGCAACUAUGGCGCCAUUUGCGAGAAGGCGUACUACGAGACUGGAAAUGCCCGCAAGGCUGAACCUCAGAUUAUCUUCUUUGUCUUGCCCACGAAGAAUCAGUUGGUUUACGAACGCAUCAAAAAGAACAUGGACUGCCGGUUCAACAUUGUUUCGCAAUGCCUCCAGGCCGCCCAUGUGAAGAAGGCUCAAGGUCAAUAUAUGAGCAAUGUGGCCAUGAAGGUAAACAGCAAGCUCGGCGGUGCCACAUGCAAGGUUCCGCACCCGCACCCAAAGGGCGGGUCACCAUUCUGGUCAAUACCUACAAUGAUGAUUGGGCUGGAUGUAUCGCACGGCGCCGCGGGCAGUCAUCAGGCAUCUAUGGCUGCUUUGACAAUGUCUAUGGACAAGCAUGCGACUCGCUUUGCCGCAUCUUGUCAAACCAAUGGAUACCGCCAGGAGACAGUCUUACCCACCACUAUGCAUUCGUUGCUACCAAGGCUCGCCAGAGCCUGGUCUAAUACCAACAGAGUACAGCCCCAGCACAUUUAUUUCCUUCGAGAUGGUGUUUCGGAGGGGCAAUUCCAAGAUGUGUUGGAUACAGAGGUAGCAGAGAUGAAGCGUGUGUUCCGAGAGCAGAGUGGCGGCAGUGUGCCAAAAUUCACGGUAAUCAUUGCGACCAAACGCCAUCAUGUGCGUUUCUUCCCCAAACCAGGAGACAAGGAGACUGCCGAUCGCAACGGGAACCCACUACCUGGUACUCUUGUUGAGCGGGAUGUGACGCAUCCCCAACACUUUGACUUUUACCUCUGCUCCCAUGCAGCAAUUCAGGGAACUGCUCGACCGGUUCACUACCAAGUAAUUCUUGAUGAGGCAGACGUCAAGCCCAACGACCUCAUGAAAAUGAUUUACCAGCAGUGCUACCAGUACUGUCGCUCGACCACCCCGGUCUCCCUACAUCCGGCGGUGUAUUAUUCGCAUCUUGCAUCGAAUAGAGCUCGUUCUCACGAGAAUCUGUCAUCAGAUUCUCUCAUUCUAGGAUUCGGCAAGCCAGGCUUCCCGUACGGAAAGGAUGGUUCUGAGGGCUCCAAAGAUGCACAAUAUCUGCAGGCACCACUUUUGCUGUCUAUGGAGAACGAGAAGAUGACCCCUGCAACUAUUCGAUUCAUGAAUACUACCAUGUGGUACGUCUAG